AAUUCUUCGAUUUGGAUUUGUGUCUCUACACUUUGUACAUAUCCUUAUUAUUCCUUGACUCCACACCAUCAUAACUUGGGAAAAACUAUCAAAGCGAAUCAUAAAGAAAUGGCACAAUACUCAUUACUAUCGGCUGUGGCUCUUAACUUAUUUUUAUAUUCGGAAGCUAGUUUAGAAAGUAAUUUCACCUAUGAUAGUACAUCAAUUUUAGAUAGUAACAAAGAAUUGAACUCUACAAAUUCCGUCCCUCACUUUGUACAAAUCUCUUUCCCAGGAGGGGUGGUUCUGUCAACUGUGAUAACUCUGAUCAUCGUAUCAUACCUGUUUUUAUUUCUAGUCAAAGUCUGUGAUUGUUAUUUUAUAUCGACGAUUAAAGUCAUAGGAAGAAAGAUCGGACUUUCUUCAGAUGUCGCCGGAGCGACACUCAUGGCUGCGGCCGUCUCCUCGCCUGACUUGUUUAUGAAUAUCAUAGGCACGUUCGUGACGGAAGGGGACAUCGGGAUCGGUACCAUAGUCGGCUGCGGCCUUUUUAACACCCUCGCAGUACCAGCGCUGUGCAUUUUAUUGACUUCGCAAAACACGAUCCGGCUGAACGCUUGGGCGCUAACGAGAGACACAAUAUUCUACUGCACAUCACUACUAAUUUUAACUAUUUCAUUGACCGAUAACAUGAUUGCAUGGCAUGAAGGACUUAUACUUGUUUCAAUAUACCUAUUAUACCUUUUAUUUUUGAGUAUAAAUACACUUUUACGGACAAAAACUGAAGAUUUGCUCAAUUACUGUAUAAAGAAUACAUCAGAGGAUCGUGAGACAAAAAUUCCAAUCCUCCUUAAAUCACAUUCAAUACUAUCAUAUGGUGGAGAUGAUGAUACAUGCUCAGAAUUUUCUGAAGAUGAUGCGAUUCCAUGGUGGAAGGUGCUUUCACGAAUUAUUACUUUCCCUAUUGAUACUAUCCUACGAGCAACCGUGCCGUUGCCACAUAAGGAAGUCUGCGGAUACAAGCUGUAUCCAGUUACAUUCGUAAUCUGCCUCGUAUGGAUUGGAAUCAUAUCGUACGUCGUCGCUUGGAUGAUCACCAUUGCAGGUUUUGAGCUGAAUAUAUCGGAUUCUUUUCUUGGUCUUACAUUUAUUGCAAUCGGUAUGGGAGUUCCUGAAGCAGCAUCAAGUGUCAUUGUAGCAAGGAGAGGAGAUGGAGCAAUGGCACUUUCAAACAGUAUGGGCUCGAGCAUUUUUGAUACGCUCGUCUGCCUCGGUGUACCAUGGCUAUUGCGAGCGGGAUUCAGUAAGGAGCACAGUGUGCAUAUUGGUUCAAGGGGUAUAGCCUACACGUCAGUGCUCCUUAUCGUUUCCAUUAUCGUUUUAUACUGUUCAGCCGUGUUCAGCAAAUUCCGACUCAAUAGAACUGUUGGCUAUGUUUGUCUGUUCGUCUACAUUGUAUUAGCAGUACUCUCCGCUCUAAUUGAGAUGAACGUAUUCUUCAAAGAAAACGACUGAAUCUGCGACUAGUCGGGUUGUCUAUCGCAUCUACGGUCGAUUCCUUUAAAUAAAAAAGAAACUGUACAAACACA